CAGUGUGACAGUCAGACGGGUCGGGAGGGAUUGGGAGGAUUCGGUACCGAAGGACAAUGGACACAGCCGGGGAGAAGGAGAAUCAGAGGCCGGAGACGAGGGACUCAGAGAAGGAGGAGAAUGUGGUUGAGCAGCUGCCGGAGAGUCGGAACCCGGGGAGUGAGGAGCCAACUGGGGAGAAGGAGAAGGAUCAGUCGCCACCGGAGAGUCGGAACCAGGACACGAGGGACCCAGUCAGGGAGGAGAAUGUGGAUCAGACAGAGGGGAGUCAUCAAGGGGCAAAACAGGAGCCCAAAUGCCCCCCAUCAGCCCCAGAUCCCCCCAAAACCGAGUCUGAGCAGAAGGAAGCGCCCCCCAAACCCACCGCCACCGAGAGCACCAGCCUGAUGCAUGGGGGGUCUGAGGGCACAAAGAUGACGGCGAAGUUGAUGCUGGCUGUUUGCACGGCUGUGAUUGGCUCCUUACAGUUUGGAUACAACACGGGAGUGAUUAAUGCACCACAAGAGGUGAUCGAGGGCUUCUACAAUGCCACGUGGAUGAGCCGUUACAAUGAGCCCAUCUCUGAGACCACCCUCACCUCCCUGUGGUCCCUGUCUGUGGCCAUCUUCUCAGUUGGUGGCAUGGUGGGCUCAUUCUCUGUGGGACUGUUUGUCAACCGUUUUGGCAGACGCAACUCCAUGCUGAUGGCCAACAUCCUGGCCUUUCUAGCUGCCAUUUUGAUGGGAUUCUCCAAGCUGGCGUCCUCCUUCGAGAUGCUGAUCAUUGGGCGGUUUGUGGUCGGACUCUACUGUGGCCUCACCACUGGUUUUGUGCCAAUGUAUGUCGGAGAAAUUUCCCCCACGUCACUGAGAGGAGCUCUGGGGACCCUGCACCAGCUGGGAGUUGUGAUUGGAAUCCUUAUUGCUCAGAUCUUUGGGCUGAAGCCUAUCAUGGGGAACGAGUCCCUGUGGCCCCUGUUGUUGGGCUGCAUAUUUGUGCCGAGCAUAUUGCAGUGCAUCGUGCUGCCCUUCUGCCCAGAGAGUCCACGAUUCCUGCUCAUUAAUCGCAAUGAGGAAGACAAAGCCAAGAGUGUGCUGAAGGGGCUCCGAGGCACCACAGACGUGAGCAGUGACCUGCAGGAGAUGAAGGAAGAGAGUCGGCAGAUGAUGCGAGAGAAGAAAGUCACCAUUGCGGAACUGUUCCGCUCCCCACUCUACCGCCAGCCCAUCUUCAUCGCCAUCGUCCUGCAACUGUCACAGCAGCUCUCUGGCAUCAACGCGGUCUUUUAUUAUUCCACCAUGAUAUUCCAAAAGGCCCAAGUUGAGCAGCCGGUGUACGCUACCAUUGGUGCCGGAAUUGUGAAUACGGCCUUCACUGUCGUGUCGCUGUUUGUAGUGGAACGUGCCGGCCGCCGGACCCUGCACCUGAUUGGACUGGCUGGAAUGGCUGGUUGUGCCGUCCUGAUGACCAUAGCGUUGGCUCUGCUGGAGUCUGUGAGUGGAAUGUCCUAUCUCAGCAUCGUGGCCAUCUUUGGCUUUGUGGCCUUCUUCGAAAUUGGCCCAGGGCCCAUCCCAUGGUUCAUUGUCGCCGAGCUCUUCAGCCAGGGCCCACGCCCAGCAGCCAUUGCAGUCGCCGGCCUUUCCAACUGGACCUCCAACUUCAUCGUAGGGAUGGGCUUCCAAUACGUAGAGAAACUGUGCGGCGCCUACGUCUUCAUCAUCUUCAUCGUCCUCCUUCUCAUAUUCUUCAUCUUCACCUACUUCAAAGUCCCCGAGACCAGAGGGCGCACGUUCGACGAGAUCGCCUCGGAAUUCCGCGGGGGCGAGAGUCAGAUGGUCAAACAGGCGGAGGAGUUAAACAGUUUGGGGCAUGCGGACGACUCCCAAGUGUAACAUUUCAGCCCCCCAGCAUCUUCCUUUUGUCAUUUCCCCCCAGUCUCCGCCUCUCCCCACUCCUGCGGUUGGUCGACGACUGUUUCCGGAGGAGAUUGAGAAGCAGCGGGAGGGAGAGGGGCAGGGAGUUGGUCUUUGCUCUUUAUUUGGACGUAUUUCCACCUCCCGCUUCCGGGAGACCCUGCUUAUUGUCGCCAGGAACUGCGCAUUAACCCUCCUCUUCCUCAUUUCAUUUCCACUUGUGUCAGACAUGAAGGAAGGACAGAGCUCCCCAGGACACCAAAUCUAUAUAUAUAAUGGUUAGAAUAAUUGUUAUUUUUGUAAUUAAUGGGAGUUUUAACAUCAGGAAGAUUCGAUCCCGGGUUCCUGGGCCCCGAGCGACUCCCCCAUCACCAUGGACUCUGUUUACAUAACAUAGUAUUUUUUUAUCUUUAGUUUUCCUUUAAUAUUUUUGUCUAAGGGCACCUGUGAGACCUUGAUUAGAUCCAAUAUACUGUAUAUAUAUAUAUACUGUAUUGUAUACACUGGGGGCAGCUAGUUCCACUGCAGGGAGACCUGGGGGGACCCUCCUUUGCAGCCCCCAACACUAGGUCCCAUGGCAGCCUGGGAAUUGGGGGAUCUCCUCUGGUGAGAUGUGGGGAUCAGUCCUGGGGCGGCUCUUGUACAACUGGACUGUAGAACACAGCUGUUCCCAAGGGGCACAUUCUAUUCAAAGUCGAAGCAACUGAUUGGGGGGUACAGAAAUCUCUUAGUGGGUCGCCAGUUGGGCAGCUGACACAUACAGGUUCCUGAGCACUGGCACUUUACUGUCUUGAGCACUGGCAUUGGGGGUAGCUGACAGCCCCCCCCCCCCACUAGUGGGCUCCCCCAGGGGUUACAGGAGCCCAAGUAAUGUGGCCCGGGAAUCUGGGCUGUGCCCCCCCCCAAUACACAGACUUUGGGGAGUGUUUUUAUAGUGUUAAUCUUGUGUAUUGUAUCGUUUCACACCCACCGUGCCCUUGUCCUGCCAGAGCCUCCUACUGGGGGUCUGUCUGUCUGUCCCUUGUCUUCACCCUUAAUCCCCCAAAUCCCCUUUCUACCAGUCACCCAGUGGUGUUUGCUGAGAGGAGGGUUAGGAGUUUGACAUUCCACAAAGUUUUGUAUUUUUGCCCCUGUUAGUGGGGUUUGGGGGUGCAGUUGAGACCUGGUGGGUUUAUGAAACAGAAGCAGAUUGUGAGAAUGCCAGGAGCCCCCCUCUAAUGGAGUAAAACUACAAACUGAUGUUGGGGGCUGCAGCUUGUACCUCCCCCUAUGGGAAAUACUGAAAGUGAUCAUUAAUAACGACUGUACCCCCCCAACCCAUUCUGAUCAUUUCCAUGUAAAUAACGUGGCACUGACUCCCACCUAUAAACUGACACCCCCAGGAGCUGCCCCCAUAUAAUUGGCACCAGGCAGGGGUGACCCCUAGUGCUUGCCAGUCCUUAUACUGAUCCAUUGUAGUGAAUCUGGACCCUAGUGAACACUACAUGAAGCUCCACCUCCCCCACAGGCUCCUCCUUGUACAGCCCUAGAGCUAUUAACGUAUAUAUUUAUAUGUAUAAGUAUAUAUAUUUUUUUUUCUGUUGGAUGAUGUCAGUGUGCAGGUGUGUCUAAUGAGACCCGAGCAGUGAUGAUGAUGAUGAUGUUGUUAAAGUACUGUAAAUAUUUAUUUUAGUCACACAGUUUGUUAUUUUUGCACAUUAGCUCAAAGCUGAUAGGUCAGUUUGUCUUAUUGAUAAUGAGAGAUAUGAAAUAUGUGUAGCGCUGUUAUUAUUAUUAUUCCUGUCUGUAUUCUCUGUAUUUGUGGCACCAGGGGGCCCCAAAGUUACUGGUCAUUGUGCUGAUUAUUUCUGGGGCCCCUGUAAUGACUGACGUGUGUAGUUACCCUUUAUCCAGCAAAUAAUACAGCAGCAUCGGCUGGUCCUACUGGGGUGAAUAAUAAACCCUAUAUAUAUAUAUAUAUAUUCUAUACUGAGGCUAAGGCUGUGAUUAUUUCAUCCAGAGACUGUUCACUGGCUGCACAGAACUUUCUUAUGAGUUGGAGCUGCCAUGUUGCUGCACGACCUCAGCCAUUGCUUAUUGACAGUUACAACCGAAUCCAUUCUGAACACUAGGUGGCGUUGUUCUUGUGCAGCCUGUGGGAAUUGCUAAGGCAAGUAGUAUGGUAGCUCCCACCCACAGUCAGGGAUAUAUCUGAAAUGAAAUAUAUAUACACUCUGCUUACAAGCCAGGACUACUUCCCCUUUGAUGUUGGAGAUGUGGAUUUUGCUCUGAAUAAGCCCCAUUGUGGGUGUGUCCUUGUGCGUCCGUGUAUUUGUAUCGGUGCAGGGUUUGUGCGUCGCCGCUCACCAUCGUCACAUUCGUUACUGUUGUUCUAGAGAUUUUUUUUUAUUUAUUGUCAGAUUUUGUCUUGAAUUAAAACUGAUUGAAAAAUA